AUGGAAGAUCCAGACAGUGUGUUCCCGUCCAUGGAGGAAGGUGGUUUGAAGGAAGAAGUCAAGUCUGAAGAUCCAACUGGAGCUGAAGGCAUGGAGAGCGUCCCCGUCUUCGAGGGACAAGCUGGGCCACAACAACCUGAGGCGCGCUCGCCAUUCGGCCCACUUUCUCCAAGGAGAGGUCAGACAGAACUGUCUUCUCUGUUCGUCCGACAGAGCACAACUUCACGCCGCUCUUUCUCGAGCCGCGUCUUCGGAUACUUUGGAACCCCAAGCUCGGAGAGAAAGCGAAGCAUUGAAGAUGAAGACGAUGACGAUGACGAUGACGUUGUGGCCCGUCCAAACCUUAGACGUCGAUUGUCGUCUAUCGAAGCCGACGAAGAUUAG